AAUUAACAUCCCACUCUAUUUGAUAAGUCUACCUCCAACACUCCCAUUCCUACUCUUACAGUCCCACUCUACUCUACUUUGUAGUAGCACUAUUUCAAUAUAUUACCCCAAUCAAUAACUAUCCUUUUUUAUUCAUUUCAUUUGCUGCUGUUUCCCCUUUUUAUCAUUGCCUCCAAUUCCACUAUUUUUCUCUAUUCCUUUGCUUUCUUCAUACUACCACUCAUUUAUUGCCACCACCUACCUCAACUAUUAUUCUUCCCUGCCCUGAGCGUAUACAUUAUAUAUUGACACACACAUAUUUUUCAUCAUAUGUGUGUGUUAUUGAGAGUACUACGUUAUUAGCUAAGGAUACCGCGAUUUAUCAAAGAUUUUUUAAGCUAAGGGGAAUAUAUACAUAGUCUUUAGGACUAAUUAGCGUGCAGGCUUAAGAGUAUGAUGAGAGAUCCUGGGUGUUACCACCGUGUUUCUAUUCUCUUACUAUUCGCCGUCUCCAUCUUCGCACUCUUGACCUCCCCCUCCACUUCUAGGGAUAUGCAGCUGUACAUGCUCAACUGUAGAAAUCAUGACUUGCAGCAAGUUCAGAAGAUUAUAAAUAAUGGUGCAACAAGCAGCAAAGAUGAAAGCAAUAAUGUAGCAAGGAGGAUUCUAAGAGGGAUAGGGUCAUCCCCGCCGCGCUGCGCAUCCAAGUGUGGCAAGUGCAGACCAUGCAGACCAGUUCACGUUCCGGUGCCUCCAGGGACACCCGUUACUGCUGAAUAUUACCCUGAAGCAUGGAAGUGUAAAUGUGGUAACAGGUUGUACACCCCUUAAACAAAAUAAAUACUCAAUCUUCAUACUAAUAUCACAUCUUGGCUUCCUAAUCAUCCAUUUAUACCACAGUACACCUCCUUUUCUUGCAUCAUUGCAUGCUUCCUUUAGGCCUGUUUCUCGCUAAUUACUUAGAACAUGAACAACAUGUGACACCGUCGAAAUCCCGUCUACUUCAUUAUUGGUUAUACAUGGUGAUUGAUUACCUAAUAAGUUCGCCUUACUCGCCAUUAUUAGUUGUUGUUAUUGUAAAUAAAGUAGCAAAUGGUCUAUUGAUUGUAAAUACUAAAUACUUGGUAUAAUAUUUCUACCACCUUAUACAAGCUUGUUUAUACUUUGAAAAUCAAAAGAUGACCAUGCAUUUUAGUGUUGUAAUAGCUUA